UUUUUCCUUUAUUUUAGUUGUUUUUGCGCGACCGAGGAAAUCUAACACGUUCAUAUUAGUCCACACACAAAUUGCUAUAAAAAAUCGAAAAUAAUUAAAAAAAUAUAUAAGAAAUAAUAUUUAAAAUAUUUUGCUUUUAACAAAUCAAUUAAUGUGCCUAAAGAAAUGUAAAAAAUAAUAAAAAAAAUAAAAAAGAAAAUAAGUGAUUUUUCCAUUCGUAUUACUAGAAAAGAAAUAUGGAGUGAAAGCAGAAAUGCCAACAAGAGUGAGAGAGUAAAAAAAAGUGCCAAAAAGUGUAUGAGAAAAAAAUUUGCAAUGAGCUGAAAGAAAAAAAGAAUUAAUUGCAAUAACAAAAAUAUUUAAUUAAUAAAUGUUGUCGGUUUAAUAGUGUGUGUAAAGUUUAUAGUUUUUUCUUUAAAUAAAAUGCGUUUAAAUUUACAUUUGACUCAUUGGAGUUUGCUGUUUAUAACAUUAAUUUCGAGUUGCUUCCUGUUUUAUGUGGUUGCCUCUGAGAAUGCAAAAUAUGUAACAACAAAACAUCUAAAAGACGACUCCGAGCCGUCCAAUAUCCACAAUCCUACCCCUCUAAAUUUGGAAACGUCAUCAGCAGAAACGCAAGACUCCGCAAAAACAGAAUCAUAUAAAGAAGUCGGCCAGCAAAAUGCAGCUGUUAAUGCAGCAGGUGUUGAAAUAAAACAUGAUAAAAAUUCUCUAAACGAGGACAAAAAUGAUAAAAUUUUACCCAAUUAUAAAAAAGUUAAAAAAUUGAUAUUAGAACAACAACCCACACCUUUAAAACGUGAUAACAUUGAUACUCCUAUAACUUCUGAAGCCCGGGUAGAAGUCAACAUUAUAUCUUCACCAGCUGAAGAAAAUAGUUUUAAAAAUUCGGAAACAAAUAAUGAUAAUGAUAAAAUAAACAAAAAGUCUAGUGAUAGUGUUUUAAUUGAUGAUGUUAUUAAAAAUAAUGAUAUAAAUAGUAAUAGUGUAGAAAAUAAAAAUCUAUUCAAUACAAUUGAUAUAGAUUCCGCAAAUGUUAAAGCAAAUAAUGAAAUUCAUUCAUCAAUUGAGGAGCCAAUUGAACAAAAUUCACCACAACAAGUGCCUGACGUGGAAGAGACAGCUGAAAGGGGUACAAUAGUACAGCAACACGUACAAGAUGACAAUGCUGAUAUGGCAAAUGGUUUGCCUGAUAUCACUGAUAUACCCACAGUUACUGUAACGGAAUUACCACUGGAAGUUUUGCAACAACCGCAAAAUACUUUGGAUUCCGUUAUAAUUGAUGAUGGUGGCGAUAGAUCUUCCGAAGAAAGAGUCAAUCGUACUAUUGAGGUUAUACCAGAGACUGAAGAGGAAAUUCAAAAAGAUGAACAAAUCGUAAAAAUAAACGAUUCAGGUGGUGGUGGUGGUAGUGGAGAAGGUAGCACAGAUACAAUACAACCCACACCAACGACUGCAUCACCCACUAUAGACAAAGACCAAGAAAUAAUUUCAUCAACAAAUAACAUUCCAACAGACACCAAUAACAUAAACGCCACACAGACAACAAUUAAUGCUAGUGUAGAACAACAACAGCAGCAACAACAAAAUGCCAGUUCAACUACCUCCGGUAGUCAAGUGAAUCUCACCUCUGCCGAAGAGGUGCCAAUGCCGGUUUUUUCCGAAUGGGCACAAAAGCAAAUGGAAGCAGCUGAAAAACAACAGGCACUCGAACAGGAACAAACUGUCAACAAUUCGGCGCAACGUAAAAACAAUACAAAUGGUAAUGGCAAACCGACAUCGCUUAAAAUAAGAGCAAAAAAUUACGCUUCUCCCGAUUGUGGAGCAAAAAUCAUAGCCUCCAGUGCUUACACCUCAAAUGCAGGGGCAGUUUUGAGUUCAUCAAAAGAUGAGUAUAUGUUAAGUUUGUGUGGCAAUCGUAUUUGGUUUGUUGUAGAAUUAUGUGAAGCAAUACAAGCGCAAAAAAUCGAUUUUGCUAAUUUUGAACUUUACUCUUCGUCGCCGCAAAACUUUACAGUGGCUGUGUCGAAACGUUUCCCCACCCGGGAAUGGUCAAAUGUGGGAAGAUUUGAGGCUGAAGACAAAAGGGCGGUGCAGAGUUUCGAUUUGCAUCCUCAUCUGUUUGGUAAAUUUGUUCGUGUUGACAUUAACUCACACUAUUCCAAAGAGCAUUUCUGCACUUUGUCUUUAUUUCGUGUUUUUGGCACAUCAGAAUUUGAGGCUUUUGAGACUGAAAACCAUCCAAAUGAAGAUUUAGAUGACUUUGACGAUGAGUAUCUAUUGGAACAGAACACAGUUAAACAUGCCGAAUCCAAUCUAUUUAAAUCCGCCUCCGACGCCGUGUUGUCUAUAGUUAAAAAAGCUACUGAAGUAUUAGGCAAGCCGGCAAAUAAUCAAAAUCAAACUUUUAAAACACAACCUCAAUCGGUAGUUUGCCGUACUCCCAUCUAUGGGUUAUUCAGUUGUGCCGAGUGCCCAAGCACGCUAGUGGAAAAGGUUAAUAAUAUUCUGACGUGUGAAUUUUCCCAACUGAAUAGGUUGUUGAGUAACAAGGGCAUACGAAAUGAUUUACUAAAUACACAAGUGUGUGCCAAACUCUAUGGUAUUGAAACAAAACAAGUAUUAGCAAUGCAAAAAGAUAUUAAGAAGAGUUUUUAUGUGAACAUUUUACCCAACGAAUACGUGGGGGCAUUAUGUCAACUAUUAGCCAGACCUAAAACCCUGGGCGAUAAACCCAACAAUUCAUAUGUAGAGGAGAAAACACAACAACGAAAUGAAGCUACAGAAUUACCCUCAAAUUUAACAAUUGAUAAAAAAUUUGGCAAGGAGGACUUAAAUCUUCUAGAUCAUCCCGAAAAAAAGCUUAUGAAACCUGAAAUACCUACCCUACCCGUCGAGCCAACUAAACCAUCAACAAAACAUACACCUGAAAUUGUGGAGACCUCCACUGAAAUUAAUCUAGAUGAUAAUCAACAGUUACCUAGACCCUUGGAACCUGAAGCACAAUUAGAAGCUACCACCUUACCGCCUAAAAUUAUACAAAAACCUAACUUACCUGAUACUAAUAUAUUUAAUGUACCUGCCGAUGAACCUGCAUCAUCAGAGACUGAAGUACCUGUUGCCGUUACCGAAACCCCAGCUUCAGUUGAAAACUUUGAACCAGCCGCCACUACUGCUCCAACCACUACAACACCUUCUCCAACGCCUGCAACCAAUAUGGAUUCAGUUAAUGUUGCUGCUAAAAGCGAAGAAGAUACAAAUUCAUGGGAUAAUAUCGAUAAUUUAUUGACAACUGUACCUUCUACAAUUGUCGGGGGUUCUUUACAAUAUAACCAGCCGAAAAACUCUAAUGGUCCCCAAUCGGAAAGUGUUUUUAUACGUCUAUCAAAUCGAAUUAAGGCUCUUGAGCGUAACAUGUCGCUGUCAGGCCAGUACCUUGAAGAACUAUCACGACGUUAUAAAAAACAAGUCGAAGAGUUGCAACAGACUCUGACACAACAAAUUCAAACGGUACGCACUCUGGAGGAAGAAAAUCGACGUCAUAAUGAACUCGAACAAUUGUAUGCCGAACGGAAUACACAACUUAAAAGUGAAUUGGAUGACCUUAAAUUGCAUGUUCAUGCCUGUAUUGUGGUCAUAAUAUUUGUGGGAGCAUUUGUCUUUUUUGUUCUUAUGGUGGGCAUACUAUUCUAUCGUUCGCUUAGGAGAGAUACCAAGGAGGUAUUGUCGAUCUACGACAAAAGUGGUAAGCGGAAAAAUGACGCAAAUGUUGCGCAGACAAACAUACAAAAGAAAAUCAAUCGCCGUAAAUCCUUUGAGGAUUUUUCGGAUCAUCAGCAAUCGGUUAAACGGCGUGACCAGGAGAGCUCCACAAAUGUGAGUUAUGCGGAUAAGAAUCGAAGGCCUAGCGAAGAGGUAAUGUUAAUUUUAAAAGAAUGUAAAAGUGAUGGCGCUAGAACGAGCCUCCCACAAAGUAAGACUGAGCAACAGGAGGAAGAGGCCCCCAGUUACAAUAAUCCGAGUACUACGACAAGACAACGUAAAAUAUCCAUUUGUUAUGGUAGUAAUAAUAAUAUUAAUCAAGCUGCCGGUCUACCACCGAUACACCCGCAAAAGUCUCAAGCUAAGCGUAAGGGAGAAAAACACUCUUGGCCCAAUACAGCUCAGGCUCAAUUACAAGCCUGGCAGCACUUGGAGGAACUUAAUGCUGAAGAUCGCAUAGGAGAUUCUGCAGAGAUUUCUUCAGUUAGAGUUAAAAAACCUUCUGGCUUAAAUGGAAAAUCAAAAAAGAAAAAGGAAACGCAAACUUUUAAACGCCAACAAUCUUCGCCAGCCGACACAGCUACACAACUUAAUAGUUCAGCUACCGCAGAACUACAAGGUGCCGAAUUCGAUGAACGCCUUAUGCUAGACGAAGACGAUUUAGAUAAUUUCAUACCCAAUGCUGAUUUAGCCUAUAACGAGUUUAUGCCCGAUGGCCCGCGCGGCUAUCAAUGUGUCAACCCAAAUUCAAAUGCCAAUAAUCCUGCCUCAAAGUCGAAAUCAUCCUCCAACAAUAAACAAACGUUGGCGGAUAGUAACUUGAAAAAAACACGCCGUUUAUCUUCGCCAGUUUUCUUUAAAUCACCAUUUACAAAAAGUCUUAAAGGUAAAAUUUCCAACAGCAAUAAAUCAAAUCCAGCCCAUGAGUCGACAUCAUGGGAAUGGUAUCGUUUAAAAAAAUCAGCUUCAUCUGCCUCAUCCGGUGGUGGUGGUCACGGCCAAAUGUCCACUUCCAUUUCUAAUAGCACUAAUAAUGCAUUUUUACGUGUCUCACCUAAUGCCAGCUUGGAUUCAUCUUCUUUGUCUGAAAUUAAUUUUCCCACUAAUUCUACCGAAAACUCAUUUCGCAUAUUAGAAGAAGCCAUUCUAUCAUCAGGUGAAAGUGCCAUUACGACAGCAACAACGUCAGCUUCAUCGUCGAAUUGUAAGAAAUCAUCGUCUGGUGGCAUUAGCAGUAGUAGCAAUAGUAAUCGUAGUUCAAGUUCAAAUUCAUCGACGCAAUCGAAAAAGAAAAAUCGUAGUUUUAACAAAAUUUUCCGUAAAGUAUUUUAAGUGCGUGAGGGGCGGGCCUCAUUUUUUAAAGCGUAAAAAACUAGAUCGGAAGAGAGACAUGCAUAUUUUUGUAAAUAUUUGAUAUUAUUAUGAAUAUUAAUUUUUCGUUUAUAUUUGAAUCUCUAUCUCUACAUACAUAUAUUUUAAAAAAGCUUUUUGCAAACGUUUUCAAAUAUACAUUAGGGUCGCCCUGUUUAUAUGGAGAGAAAAAAUUAUAACAAAGCUGAUGUUUCCACCAAAAGCAAAAAACUCGGUUCAUUCAUUUAUUCUGAUGAGCUAGAGAUUAAAUAAUAAAAAGGGCCUUUUUAAGGUUUUAACACUUUAACUAAAUAUUCAUUUUUUCAAGCGAACAUCAGCAAUUUCCGUUUUGGGUCACCCUUAUAUACAUAAUACAUACAUAUACAAUUUUAUUGAAUUAAAUAACAGUUUACACAUUUAAGACUGUUAACAAUUGUUAAUAUAUACAACAAAAAUAUAACCCAGUGUAUAGUUAAAUACAUGUUAAACUUAUUAUUAUUUUAAUUUAAUUAAAUCAUUCGUCACAUUUAAUAAAAUUUGUGUUUAACAUCUUGUUGUAAAAAUCAAUGAAUGUUUGUUUACAUUCCUUUUAUAAACAUUUCGUCAAAGGCUAUUUUUAAUUACUUAUAAGUUUAGUUAAACGUGUUUUUUCGCCAUUUAUUAGUAAAUAGUUUUUAUUGUAGAUUUUCCCGUUGUUUAGAAUGAAAUAAAUGUUUAUUUAUUUAAUAUAAUUGCAAAUCGUAUUAAAGUGAUUGGAAAAAUAUCCUUUUAAAAUGCAAA